CACAGCGCGAGGCCGGGUCGCGCGCUGCUUGCCGGCUCGAGAUCAGAGUGUUAGCCGCUAGCUUUGAGUUUAGGAGGGAAGCCGACGGUCUGCAUUUUUUUACCCCGUUUUACACCUUCCAACCUGGUAUAGAGGCCGUUUUUGAGGUAUCCUGGGCUCAACUCUUCAUCCUAAAAGCCCAUUCAGAGCCCCGCGUUUGAGCACCCUGUGCAUUUGCAGCAACAAUGGCUGUUGCAGUGCCCAACCUGAGCAGCGGUGCUGCUGUCCGCAUUCGCUUCAGCAGCUUGGAACUGGGCACGACCAGGUGGAAGGAGGGGAUCUUCGAGAUACAAGAGAAGGACAGCAAAAUAAAUCUGGUGUUAAAGUUCAACAGUGGUGGGGCGGCAAAGUACUUCCAGUUGAACCAGAAUGUGAAGAAGGUUGUUUUGAGUCCCAUGCAUAGUCAGAACCGCCUGUCGCUGACACUGAAAGAUGCAAGCGUAGUCAUUUUGGAGAAGCUUCCCCUGCUGGUUGCAAGGAAAUUAAAAGAGUACCUUGAAGUCAUUAAACAGGGGAAACAAACAGCUUUAAAAACAAACCAAGGAAGUGGGAGUUUUGGACUGGUUCUUGGGAACCGAACAGCACAGAAUGACUCGAGCCUAUCGUCGUCAGAAAAGCAGACAACACCACGGCGGUCAAGUCUGGACAAAGAAGAGACCACUCCACGUAAGCCACUUGGCAGUCCAAGCCGAGUCACAUCGACGCCUGUGCGUAGUGGACUCUCAGAAAACAGGUGCGAAAAGAGAAAGAGGUCGAUGAACUCGGACACUGACCUAACCGAGGACUAUCCCAAAGAAAAUGAUUCCUCCAGCAACAACAAGGCCGUUUCAGAUGCUUCAAGGAAGUUUUUGCUGAGUUGCAAAGAAAAAUUAAAGCAUAUAGAGGACAACAGGGCUUCAGCUCCUCCGUCAUCCUUCUAUGGCAGUAGACCUGGAACUAAAGAUUACACACCGACACAUUCAUUACUAGAACGGCCCAGCAGUACAACCCAGUCCCCCUCAGCCAAAAGAAGCCUUCUGCUUCCUAAUCACUCGACUCCCUUCAAGAAAGCCCGCUCGUCUCUGGAAUAUGGAGGGUGGAAUAAGGUGAAACCGUCCACCCUCACUCAACCUCCUCUGCAGGGAUUCUCCAACCUGGGAAACACCUGCUACAUGAACGCCAUCCUGCAGUCACUGUUCAGUCUGCCAUCUUUUUCAAAUGAUCUGUUGAAACAGGGCAUCCCCUGGAAGCGGGUCCCCUUCAAUGCGCUUCUGAGGCGCUUUGCUCAUCUGCUCGCCAAAAAAGACAUCUCGUCUCCAGAGGUGAAGAAGGAUCUGCUGAGGAGAGUGAAGACGGCGAUUUCCUCAACGGCCGAGCGUUUUUCUGGGUACAUGCAGAACGAUGCCCAUGAGUUCCUCAGCCAGUGCCUGGAUCAGCUCAAGGAAGACGUAGAGAAGGUUAAUAAGAGUUGUAGGAACGAGACUUCAGCCCGGGACGAGCCGCAGGGCACGCGGCCGGCCGAGGAGACGGACGCCUCCCGCAUCUACACCUGUCCCGUUACCGUCAACAUGGAGUUUGAAGUCCAGCACACGAUCAUGUGCAAAAGUUGUGGGGAAGUGGUUACAAAGCGUGAACAGUUCAACGACUUGUCGAUCGACCUGCCUCGUAAGAAGAAAACGCUCCCUUUGAGAUCCAUCCAGGACUCGCUGGAUCUUUUUUUCAGGACGGAAGAAAUCGAGUAUUCAUGUGAGAAGUGCGAUGGAAAGUCUGGUACGGUCACACACAAAUUCAGCAGACUACCGAGGGUGCUGAUUCUUCAUCUAAAACGCUACAGUUAUAAUGCACAGCUUUCUCUGAACAGCAAGCUGGGCCAGCAGGUCCUGAUCCCGAAGUACCUCACGCUGCUCUACCACUGCACGGAGAAUACGCGGCCACCUCUCGGCCUCGGCUGGAGAGUUCAGACAGCCCUGUCUAGAACACUGAAAACCUCACAAUCUGUGAACUCCUCUACGCUACGAAAAGGUCCUGUGAAGUCGGACAACACGAGUAUCAUCUUGUGCGACUCGGACAGCGAGGAGGAAUUGACGAGGAAAGUUGGGCGAAAACGGCGUCUGAGUGAUUGCAUUCCAGAUGACGACAGAAUAGAGGAGCAAAGUGGCCAUGUGGAGCAGCCAGAAUUUACAGGCAUGAACGAUGACGAGAUGCUGGCCGCUGUUCUCGAGAUGAGUCGCCACGACGCCGGUCCCAACGACGACGAACCGACCAGCAGCCCUGACACGGGGUUCGGAGAUACGGACGCCCAGGAACUUACCCAGCAUUCAGAACUUAUCGAGGGAGACAAACCAUCUGGAGAAGUGCUGGGCUCUUUAGACCUGACUAUGGAUGACAACAAAGAGAACCAGACUCCAGAUGGGGGUCAAGGUGAGCUGGACUGGGUGCAGCAGUACAGUCUGGACCAAGACCGUGAGGAGCAGGAGCUACAGCAGGCUCUUGCCCAGAGUUUGCAGGAACAUGAAGCGAGGGAAAUGAGAGAGGACGACGAUCUAAAGAGAGCGACUGAGCUGAGCUUACAAGAGUUUAACAGCUCCCUUCCUGAUCUCUUGUGCUCCGAUGAUGAUUCGGGAAACGAGGACGCUCUAGAAAUGGAGUACACCGAAGCAGAGGCUGAGGAACUAAAGAGGAACGCCGAGAAUGGAGAGCUGGCCAACUCCUACAGACUCAUCAGCGUGGUUAGUCACAUCGGCACCAGCUCGUCAUCUGGCCACUACAUCAGUGACGUGUAUGACAUGAAGAAGCAGUCCUGGCUCACCUACAAUGAUUUGGAAGUGUCCCGGACGCAGGAGUCCACUGUUCAACGGGACAGAGACAGGAGCGGAUACAUUUUCUUCUACAUGCACAAGAGCGUGUUUGAAGAGCUGUCCGAGCUGGAAAGGGCAGGAGGGAACGCUGAGACUAACCGCUCAGUCCUGCAACCGUUGUAAGCAGAUGGGGGUACAUCAGUAGCACCCUCAUAGUGAUGAAUGAGUCUCAGAAAGAAGUAAUGCCUCAGUCAGAACUACUGAUCUCACACACACACACACACACACACAGUUUGUGCACUUUUGUGUUUUCUUUUUUCUUCCAUGUUGUGAAACAUUGUGACUGAAGCUUCAGUAUUAAUGUUCUCGAACCCCGUGUAGAUAUAAGCGUUCACGACGAAGGGUAACGAAACUCGGUGUAUCAAAAGCAUUUUGGAUUUCUCACAGGUAUGACGACAUUCAGCCACAAAGUCGGUUCUAUUUUUCCAGUUUUCUUUUAUUUGCUGAAUAAUAAUGCCUGUAAUAAAGUUCCUUGCUGGAGCAGAAGCCUUUACGGAUUCAUCAAAAUGGCAGCACAUGUCCGAGGGGCGGCGGGCGUCCGUCCCCCCGUCCCCGUCGAGCCGGUUCCUUUUCCACUUUUGCAAAAUUCUUUAUUAAAUCUAUUAAAUAUAAAGAUUUAUUCUUGUAUGUGUACGGGUGAUUUAGGGCAUCUGUGAUUUGUUUUAUAUGCAGCUGAGAACGUGGUGCAAUAUUUACUCCCGUCGGCUUUUCUACGGCUGUCCAAUAGCGAUGUGUGUGUGGAGGGGUUCCAGUUUAUAUCCGAGGCUUUCUUGAAGACUGUUUGCUAUUUUAAUCCUAUUUUAUAAUAAGAAAAAACAUUCUAACAAGCUAAAUUAUCUAGUUUAUCUUUUUUAAGAGGAUAUUGCUGAUACUUGGUGGGGUGACAUUUUCUUCCGCUUUCACAUACGAAACCUUGCUAUGGAUGUUGCACAGCAGUUUUGUGUAGGACCUUUUUCCUCUAAGUAAAGACAGAACCGAUGCCUUUAACGACCAGAGAAGCUACUGCUGUAGGGUCAGCAGAUCUGAAUAUUUAUUUUAUGACCUCAUUUUUAUGUAAGCCCGUGUGUGUCUGGUUCUUUUUGUUUCCUGUUUGAACUGUGUUUGCAUAUCUAAUUUUCAAAGCUUUUAUUCAGACCUUUCCGUCAUCGCUGUUGUAAUUUUCUGUCAUGUUAUUUGCAUAUUAACUAAAGAGUGGGCUUAAUAAAGACCUCUAUC